AUGCGCUCGUCAUAUUCGUCGACGGAACAGUCUCAUAGCGACUCAGACUGGUCGCAGCAGGAUGAAGGCGGCUCUCGCGUCUCGGGGCAUUGCGUCGAAGUUGUCUCUCCCAAUACCGACCACGACCACGACCACGACGGCAUUGACACUUACAGCGAAGUAACACACACUGGUCGCCAAUGUCCUAGCUCGGGCCUGCUUGCGACGGAUACCCAACACGACGCCCAAAACACCACCACAGCACACAACUCUGAUGAGAACCAAUUUUCCCAUUGCAUUCCUGCUGUCUACCCCACUGAUCAGUCACACCAUUCGCCAUUGCCAGAAUAUCAUGAUAGCGAUGAUGAUGAGGGUAUGAGCGAUAUUGAUGGUGGUGUGUCCCUUGACCAAGUUUCCUCCGUUGCCCGCAUUGAAGGUUAUUCUGGCUCACAUCUUGCUGCGGCUGGUGUUGACUACGACUACAUCGAGAGCAGCGACGACAACGACGGGGAACUUGACAUUGAUCAGGAUUCAGACAACGAUGGGCCUCUCCCCGCCCAGGCUUUCGACCCAUACCUCAACUUUAACGGCCCUCCAAACUUCCCUUUGCAUUUGCAUAGCCUUUACGGCUCUGCGUUCAUGAUGGGCACGGAAUUUCCCCCUCAGACAUGGGCUGGCGCAAAUGGCCCUGGGUCUCUGCUGGCACCAGAAGUGGACAUGACUGCGUUCCAUGAUUCGAAUGAUACUCUUCCACCUGUCCAACUUAGCAAUCCAAAUCCAGCCAUUCCUGGAGCCGAAAACCUUGGUCUCAUUGACUUUCUCCGAAGCUGGGCGUAUCAAGGCAGUUUCACUGACAGCCCUCGAUCUCGCCCACCACAUCUUGGUCAAGUAAUAAAACAGGCUGGUGCCCCCAUCAAGGAGAUUAGACAUUCAGAUCUCCAUGGCGACGAAUGUGAUUUUCAGGGCUUAAACUGGAAAAUGAUGGAGACAACCCGGGGCAAUGCGAGGGCGAGGCGCAUUCGCACGUACAAAAAUUACGUCAACCAGCCCGGGUCUGAUAUAGUAGCCCCUCACAUGGAUGACGAGGGCAUUCCUUCUUGCGAAAGUUUCUUCCGAUUUGGAAGGAUGAAUGUUCGACAAGACGUUCAUCUUGCUCACUUUCAGCUCCGAAAUGUUCUAGCUUGCCCUUCACGGACACACGCCUACUAUCCCAGUCCGACAGGUGUGAAUAGGGUUAAUACAGUUUUUCGUACUACCGAUGUCGUCAUGAGUACGCGUGACUUCCCAGCCAUGGGCGCCGCACUUUCAAGCCUGGAUGCGGCUUGUGGAGUCUUGAUGGGUGGAACAUUUGGUGGUGAUUAUUACCUCAAGUCCCUAGAGUGUGACGACAAGUCAAGGUCCAGCGAAGGUCAGAUAACGUCAGACUUCAGCGGAAUCACGAAUCACAUCAAGAUAUACCGACCUCGCCGCUCCUGUGGCCCAGUAGCAGCAAUUGCCAGCAAUGACUGCGGGUUCCGAGUCAUGGAUAUUGGGACAGAGCACUUUGUUUCGGAGACGACAUACCCCUUCGCUCUCAACUGCUCAGCACUAUCUCCGGAUCACCGCCUUCGUGUACUUGUUGGUGAUAGCUCCGAGGCUCUUAUCACAAACGCAGACACGGGUGAAGUCCUACAAAAGCUUGCGGGACAUCGCGACUACGGUUUUGCCUGCGAUUGGUCUGAAGACGGGCGGACGGUAGCAACCGGUUUCCAGGAUCGUGGCGUGAAGAUAUGGGAUGCGCGUAGAUGGUGCAACUCUAGCGGCAUUAGCACUCCAUUGUACACUAUUCGAUCGGAGAUGGCCAGUGUCCGCGGCCUUUGUUUCUCGCCCCUUGGAAGUGGCAAGCCAGUGCUGGUGGCAGCUGAGGAAGCAGACUACAUCAACUUUAUCGACGCGCAAACGUUUGCGUCCAAGCAGACCAUUGACGUGUUUGGUGAAAUUGGCGGCAUUGCAUUUGCCAAUGACGGGCAAAACGUCAAUAUCCUCUGUUGUGACAAACACCGUGGCGGUCUGUUGCAGUUGGAGCGAUGUGGACGCCGACCAGAGCCACUGCUUGAAAAUCUAGAACAGCGCCGGGCGACACGCUACCGAUAUUUUACAGAAGAUGACCAUCAACUGUUCCAGGACAAAUGGACUCUCAGACGCAGAUCGGCUUUUUAUGAGCAGAACCUUGACCCGUUCUAA